AUGAGUUGUGUAGCAACCAAUAAUCAGAAUGGCAACAACAAUCAGGAAGGGGUAAUAGUUUUGGGUGUUUAUAUUCAUUGUGAAGGCUGCGCAAAUGAAGUUCUCAACCAUCUUCGUGGAUUUCAAGACGUGGAGGGGGUGGAAAUUGAUGCCAAGAAUCAUAAAGUUAGAGUGAAGGGAGCAAAUGCAGAUCCCAUCAAAGUUAGUGAGAGAUUGAGGAUAAAAAGUGGGAAACAUGUUGAAUUAAUUUCUCCUCAAAAACAAGACAAGAAAGAAGAGGAAAAGAAACCUGAGCCAACGGUGUCCGAGGUAGUGUUGAAAGUUUACAUACACUGCGAGGCAUGUGCAAAUGAAGUGAAGCAUUGCAUCCUAAAAAUGGAAGGUGUGCAAACCGUGAACCCGGAUGUAGCGAAGAACGAGGUGACUGUGAAGGGAACUAUGGACCCGAAGAAGCUCGUGGAGUUCAUCAGCAAGAGAGGUGGGAGACAUGCUGAGAUUUUGAAGGAAACCGAUUUAAACAAGAAUGACAAAAAUGAUGCAAAUUUGAAUGAUAUUCAUCAACUUGUGUUUGCACCUCAAUUGUUUAGUGAUGAGAAUCCUAACGCUUGUUCUUUGAUGUAA